AUGCCACUCACAACCUAUGCGCGCACGCUCGUGUCGGGCAACAAGGCGCGUUACAUCGACGAGGAGUCAGACAUCAACCUCGACUUGGUCUACGUAACCGACCGCAUCAUCAUCAUGGGCUACCCCGCUACAGGGAUAAAGGCGCUGUAUCGCAACAAGCGCGACGACGUCCUUCGCUUCCUCAACGCGCGCCACGGCGACAAGUGGUGGAUAUGGAACCUGUGUCCGCUCACAGAAAACGCUUACUCCUCCGAGAGCAUGGGCGGGCGCGUGUCACGCUACCCCUUUCCGGAUCACAACCCGCCGCCUCUCCCACUCCUGCCCCUUGCAGUGCGCGAGAUGACCGCCUGGCUUGAGGGUGACCCCGAGCGCAUCGCAAUCAUCCAUUGCAAGGCCGGCAAGGGACGGAGCGGGACUCUUCUUGUCUCGUACCUUCUCUCUCUGCCUGAGCUACCAUCCGCGCCGACUGGUGGGCCGCUCCUCGACGAGAGCAAGCUUGGCGGGAACGUGAAGGACACGCUAAAGGAGACAGUGAUCCACAAGACCAACGAUAUAGGAGUGCAAGACACGGAUUCAGGGGUAGCUGAAGCCGAGGAUUCAAGAGAUGAGGAGGACGCACUCAGCGAGCCCGCCGGUGGUUACACAAGCGAGGAGGAUGUAGCGGUCCCUAAAGCUCCAACAGCCUCGGGAGGGCAGAUGUAUCGCCGUGAUACGCACGUUGAGCCCGUCGCUGCUCCCGUUCCGGACCAGCCAAAAAACCUAUACGUGCCGAUUGCGAUCGGGGACGAAGAGCCACUGGACUCACCUGGCCAGUGGGAUCGACGCGACGGCAAGCUCGAUGAAAUCCUCACUUUCCACUCCAGCAGACGGAUGAAACCGAGCACAGCCAAGGCGCGGCGCGGCGUAUCCAUUGCUUCCCAACGCCGCUGGUGCCGCUACGUCCACCUCCUCUUCCAGAAGCGUGCUCCGCUAUCAUACCUCACAAAUGCAGGACACGUGCGCCUCGUUUCGAUGACGAUGGUGCUGAAGCGCCCGCACGGGUGGCAGAAGCCGCUCAGCUCGCUCGUCGUCGGCGGAAACGGCGGACAGGGCAAGGCAGGCGCCAGCGUGGCGCGGUACAAAGAUGAAUACGUCGCACAGCUGCGCGCGCUGGGCGGUGGAGGCGAGGGCGUCGAAGGUGAUAUCACGUGGGGCGGCGUCGCAGGCGACGGUGUGUAUGAUAGCGCGAAGAUGUUCAAAGUGUUUGCGCGCUUGGUGCCGAGUGAUAUCGACGCAGCUACGCAGGCCGCUCUGCUACCAGGCGAAGCGGACGAGUACAACGUGCACCACCUUGUGCCACCGAAAGACGUGAUAAUGGAGCGAGCGCGCGAGUUCCGCAUCAAGCUCCACCUCGGCUCGCUGCCUAUGGGGUGGGCGUGGUUUAUCCCGGCCUUCCACCUCGCUGAGCCCGCCUCGCCGGGCAGCAUCACGGCGUUCGACGUACCCCGCUCGCAGCUAGAUUUUCCACUCGGCCCCGGUGCCGCCGUCAAGCGCGUGAUAAUGCGCCUCGAGGAGGUCAAUACAGUCGGCCGGUGA